ACCUAAACAAACUUGACAACCCAAACAAGCCUUUUCCAAGGAAGCCGCGAAAAUCUUUAAAAGGACGUCCGUCCGUCCCCGGAAUCAGAAAUGGAGGUGGUACCACAGGUUCCGACACUAUGGCAUCUAGUAGUAUUCGCUCUUUAACCGCCGGCUCGCUGGCCGUGCUGCUUUUGGGUCUGGCCCAGCCCGUCCUCGGCGGCGACCCCAAGACAUGUGCGAGCACGACGGAGCUGUCGUGCCAUAACACGACCGCGGUCGCCGACUUGUGCUGCUUCAAUUACCCGGGCGGCUCGCUCCUGCAGACGCAGUUCUGGGACACGGACCCGGCGGUCGGGCCGGACGACUCGUGGACGAUCCACGGCCUCUGGCCCGACCACUGCGACGGCACGUACGACGCUACGUGCGACAGCAAGCGCGCCUACACCAACAUCACGGACAUCCUCAAGGCGUUCGGCGACGACGACCUCCUGACCUACAUGGAGACGUACUGGCUGCCGAACGACGGCACGGGCGAGACGUUCUGGGAGCACGAGUGGGGCAAGCACGGCACCUGCAUCUCGACGCUGGAGCCGAGCUGCUUCGCGAGCUACCAGCCGACGGAGGAGGUGCACUACUUCUUCAACACGACGGUGAGCCUGUUCAAGACGCUGCCGACCUACAAGUUCCUGUCCGACGCCGGCAUCACGCCGAGCUCGAGCAAGACGUACGCGCUCUCCGACAUCCAGGCCGCGCUGUCCAAGAACCACGGCGGCGAGAAGGUGUACGUCGGCUGCACCGACGACGCCAUCGAGCAGGUCUACUACUACUACAACACCUACGGCUCCGUCGCCACCGGCCAGUUCGUGCCCGCGAGCCCGGACAACAGCGACGACGGCGGCUGCCCCAGCACCGGCGUCAAGUACCUGCCGAAGAGCGGCGGCGGCGGAUCCUCCCCCACCAGCACCACCACCACCACAUCCUCGCCCACAUCCACGACCUCAGGCGGUUCUUCGCCCACCGCAACGGGGACCUUCUCCGGAAAGGGCACCCUGAACGUCGCUACGGGCGGAUCCACCAAAGGCUGCCUGAUCAGCAGCGGCAAGUGGUACACGACGGGGACCUGCGCCACGUUCACCGCAGCGUCUUCCGGCAGCGGGUUCACGCUGCAAUCCAGCAAGGGGUACUGCACCGUAUCGGGCGGUUCGCUGACCUGCGCCGCGGACACCAGCAGCUCCGACGCCAACGUGUUCGCGGCCGACGGAGCCAAUCUGGCGAACGCCGACGGGAACGACUGGUACGCCGAUUCCGUCCCCAGCGGCUCGACCCAGGGCACCGUGUACUCCGAGCAAGGUUCGCACGGAACGACGUUGCAGAUACAGUGGGCGAGCGCUUGAUACCUGCCUGCUUAAACUACCUAGGUACCUUGCAUGUAGGCACAAGCGGAUGUAUAGAGCGCUAGAUUUAUAUACAUGUAUGAUAUUAUGUGUAUCUUAUGUAAAUACUGUAUCUCGCCUUUUUGAAGAUUCCUGUCUGAAGCAACGUCAAGGCAGUAAGACUAUGUCUAAUAAAAGAACAUGAACAUUAGUGCAGUACUUUUAGCGUUGUAUCUAGGUAGCAUUGGGGACGAAGGAAUCCGACUAGAAUACCGACGCUAACUCCUACUUCUACCAAGGAGUAUGUAUAAUGAAGACCUAGGAAUCUCUGCUCAAAUUUACGCUUAUUGGCUUCGAACCACCUAGCCAAGUACCUAGGUAAGGAC